CUUGUUUCUAAAAAAAAAUGCUAGAUUUUAAAUAUUAAAAGGACUUUAAGAAAAAAAUAAAGAAAGUCUUCUUUUCUUUUUCCUUUUUCUAUCUUUAAAUCUCUACGAAUUCCAAACAUGUCCAGCGUUUUACAAAGGACGGUGCUAUUGUUAUCCUUGCUUGUGGUAGUAGCCAACCAAUUGGUUACGGCACGCACAGGAAAAUUUUUGCAUAUCACAGAUAUUCACUUGGAUUCAAGUUAUGUGGAAGGAUCUGAUCCUGAGCAACUGUGUCACCGUGGCACCGGUAAUGCUGGCCCGUUAGGUGCAGUUAGAACCAAAUGCGAUUCAUCGCCUGCGUUGGUGAAGAAAACCUUUGACUUUAUCGCCAACAAGUACAGUGACGUUGACUUUGUCAUUUACACUGGAGAUUCAGCACGCCAUGAUCGCGACGAUGAUCUUCCACGCUCAAUGGAGAACGUCAUUAACGAACAAAAAGAAGUGGUUGGCCAUUUCAACAAGAUCUUUGGCCCCAAAGUGUAUCCAGUCAUUGGCAAUAACGACGUAGAGCCACACAACAGCUGUGACGAAAACGACGAGCAAUUCAAAACCAUUGCAUCUAUUUGGCAACCGUUAGCUUUGAAUACGAGCAAUCACCAUUACACUCGGGGAGGUUAUUUUUAUGAAGAUGUCGUGCCUGGCAAAAUCCGCACAGUGCAUACAAACACAUUGCUCUUUUACAAGGAUAACAAAAAGGCCAAGGCCGAUUGCAAGAGCCCUGACGGCAUAGGGUCCAUGCAUUUGGCAUGGCUUAAAGAUGUUUUGGAAGAAUCGCGUCAGCAAGGUUAUAGUGUCUACAUUUUAGCACAUAUCCCCCCUACAAGUAAAAAGGGUAAAGCCUACUAUACUGACGACUGUCUGGAUGGUUAUCUGAGCUUGCUCGGUACUUACAAGGAGACCGUUGUUGGGCAUUUUGCUGGUCAUUAUAAUAAUGAUAUUUUGAGCGCCAUUGUCGAGGAUGAUGGCAAAUACAAACAGCUUAGCGCACUCAAAAAGAAAAAGACAAUCAAGCGAAAGACCGUGAAAUCCAGUAAUUUCAUCACUCCACUGUUCAAUACGCCCUCUGUUAUCCCUACAUUCAAUCCUUCUAUCCGCGUGUUCACUUACGAAACGGAAGGCACAAAACAAUACCCAGUGGGCACCAUUCUGGACUGGCACCAGUAUUAUUUAAACAUGGAUGACAACGGCCGAGACUAUGAGUUGGAAUACCAGGCAUCCAAACUUUUCAAUGUCAACCACUUUGACGGAAAAGGAGUUGAAAAGGCGUUUACGUUGAUGUUGGAUAAUCAGUCUGUCCAUAAGGAGUACCUCGACCAUGUCACUGUGAAUACCGACGACAACGAUCAAGAUGAUGACUAAAAGGAGAGAGUAUGGAGCAGGGGCGGGGGGGGGAAGUUUAGCAAACAUACCCUUUCUCUCUAACUCUCUCGCCCUCGCCCUCGUCCUCGAGAAAAUUUAUUUGCGCUAGAUUAUAGAAGUUCCUUAUCCCCAUUUCUUUGAAUGCAUACCUAAUAGUUUGAGCUUAUUCAUUCUGUUAUGUCCGUAAUGUCCGUGUAUGGCAGUUGUCAUUUCCAAAACACACGGUCUUUCCAGCAACAAUAACCAGUUAAACUUU